AUGUGUGGGAUAAGCUGUGCAGUCACUUUGAAGUCAGCUACUCGCAAUGGUCGAGCUGCAGUCUACGCUCAAGAUCACCUUGCAACUGAGCGCACAUACCUCAGUGACAGACUAAACGAGAGUCUGGAGAAGAUCAAACAUCGCGGGCCGGAUGCUCGCGGCCAAUGGAUAAGCGAUGACUGUCGAGUAGCUCUCGGCCACAAUCGACUGUCCAUCAUCGACCUCAGUCCUGAAGCGGAGCAGCCAUUCCAUGAUCCCGAGGAAUGCAUUCAUGUUGUCGUGAAUGGUGAGCUAUACGGCCAUGACGCCAUCCGCGAGGAUUUGAUUCGCGGCGGGCAUUCCUUCAAAAGCCAGUGCGACUCGGAGAUUGUCGUAGCAUUGUACAAAGAGCAUGGUCUCUCGCUCUUGUCUCGACUGCGAGGCGAGUUUGCGUUUAGUCUGUAUGAUUCGAGGACGAAGUUGUUCAUGGCAGCAAAUGACCGAUAUGGCAUAAAGCCCCUCUAUUACACGGUCCAGCACGGGCGGCUCUUGGUGGCUUCUGAGAUGAAAGCUUUUCUGCCAUUCGACUGGACUCCUGAAUGGGAUGUGCAAGCUCUAUGGGACAACGCCUGGAUCUCGGACAAGAGGACGAUUUUCCGGGAUGUGUAUCGGCUCCGUCCAGGUCACUAUCUGUCGUGUACUGGGUUCAGCGCCCUGGAACAACAGAAGUAUUGGGAUAUCGAGUAUAGAGACAAGCGCGAGUUGGAGACUCGCACUGAGCAGGAGAUGAUUGAGGGUGUCCGUGAACGUCUCCUUGAAGCGAUACGAGUACGUCUGCGCGCCGAUGUCCCAGUCGGGAUAUUCUUGAGCGGUGGGCUUGACUCGUCUGUCAUUGCGGGCAUGGUCAAGCAUCUGAUGGAGACAGAAGGGGCAGAGCUCGUCUUAGCUAUUGCUCAACGCACUGCAGAGUGGCUGGACGUCCAGAAAUAUGUCGUCGAAAUCGACGAAGAAACGAUUGCUGCCAACUUCGCGGACACGUUCUGGCACGUCGAAACAGCCAGUGCCGAUCUGGGCGCCAUUGGAAAGUUUGCUCUCUCAAAACUACCUCAAGCACACGGUAUCAAAGUGAUCUUGACUGGGGAGGGCUCCGACGAGCAAUUUGCUGGUUAUUUCGAUCUCCAGCCAGAUUUCGUCCGCGAGCCUGACCUCUCCUGGCCCUCUCCUUCUAAUACACUCCCAGAGUCUGUCCGCAAGACCCUGCACGAUACCUUUGAAAAUGAUCAGACUAAUACAGAUGGUUCGCAAAUGAUAUCCAACCGAGUCCAUGAUCCACCAGAGGCCUCUUUUGCCAAGCGCCAGAUCAACAAUUGCGACUAUGUACGUAUUGUCAGCUAUAGUGGCAUCCGUAAUGCAGCAGCGUCCUGGGUCAAACAAGAGUGCGGUACCAAUGAACUACGUGCUGUGGCCGUACACCACGCUAUCGAUGGUACUGCACGCGAUAAGAUAAUGCGCAAAUGGCACCCACUGCAUUCCUCGCUGUACAUCUGGACCAAGAUAAUGCUUGCAAACAUCCAUCUCGUGCAGCUCGGCGAUAGAAUGGAAAUGGCACAUAGCAUCGAGGGGCGUCAGCCAUUUCUAGACCACCAUUUGACUGAAUAUGUCAACAAUCUUCCGCCGUCCAUGAAAAUCCGCUACGACCCGGAGACCGGGGCGUUCAACGAGAAGUGGGUUCUAAAAGAGGCUGCUAAGCCGUUUAUCCCAGAUGAGAUAUAUAAGCGUACGAAGCACCCUUUUACUGCCCCUAUUAGGUUUAAAGUUGAUGGGCCAGUGCAUGAGAUGAUGAGGAGUCUGUUGACCCAGGACGCCGUAGAGCAGCUGGGCUUCAUUGACUGGAAAAUCUGUGAGGAUCUCCUCCAUGCGGGUUUCAUAGAAGGCAAUGCGAUGAAGAUGAGAGGCGCAUUCUGCAUUGGGAUGCUGGUCGUCAUUGGACAAAGAUUCGGAGUGAGGAAAGCCGAACCAGAAUUCUUUUAA